UACAUUUUAUUAUUUUGGGGGUACCUACAAGUAAUGGGGACCUACAGACCAGCAUCACAGGGGUUGAUCCAUUCUAGCACCCCCUAUUUUUAACCAAUCUGGUACUACAGCAAUCUGCAUCUCCCAGCCCAACUCUCUGGCCAAGUCACAUUUCAGACUCAGUCCCCUUCCAGUGGUCCUGCAUGAGCCUUUUCACAGACACCCACCUGCUCAGCUCCUCACACAGGCUAUCAGCUAGUGCUCUGUACAGCAGCAAAUUUGUGCUCAAGAGGUUCCUUGUUUCACCCAAUCAUCUCCAAAUUCAGCAGUGACUGAUGGACCAGAGGAAGCAAAAACCAGAACGAGGGUUGGACUAUAGCACCUUACGGGUCAGAAUAAACAAUGAGACAUCUGUCUCACAUAACGCAAAGCAGGAGACCAAGAACCGUCUGGCACCCUUUACUAACCUCCGCAAGAAGCACCUCAGCAAGAAUCUGAAGGAGGAGAAAAGAGCCUUACAAGAAGAGAUCAAGGUCUUUUGGGAGGAAAAUAAAAAUUUCCAUGAAGAGAUCAAGGCCUUUCAAGGGGAGAACAAAGCCAAGGCCAUGGGAUUAGAGAUUAAGGCCUUCCGAGAAAAGAACAAGAACUUCAUGGAAGAGAUCAAGGCAUUUCUGGAGGACAACAAGGCCUUGCUGGAAGAGAUCAAGGCCUUCCAACUGAAAAAGAAAGCUUUCCAGGAACAGCUUAGCACCAUUCAAGAAAAGAUUGAAGCUUUCCAGGAGAAGAUCAAGGUCUCUGAGGAGGAGAUUGCGGUCUUUGAGGAAAGGAAUGAGGCUUUCCGGGAAACAAUCAGGGUCUUCCAGAGAAAAAACAAGGGCUUCCAAGAAAAAAAUAAGGCCCUGCGUGAGAAAAACAAAGCCUUGCAGGAAAAGAAUGAAGCUGCCCAGGAGAGGAACAAUACUUUCUGGAAGGAAUACAAAGCUUUCUGGAAGAAGGACAAGGUCUUCUGGGAGGAGGAUAUGGCCAUCUCAAGGGAUAAAAUGGCCCUCUGGGAAGAGUACAUGGCUUUCAGGGAGAAUGAUCAAGACCUACAAGAGGAAAAAGGAGCUCUUUGGGACAUGGUAGAAGUCCUGUGGGAUGAGAAAUAUGCCCUGUGGAAGAAGGUACACAGCCCAGCAGGAGAAGAACUAUCUCAAGCUGCAGAGAACAAUGCUGAUGGUGAUCAUGGUCCAGCUGUACAUACUAUGACAAACGCUCCAGAGGGACCAAGGCAGGUCUAGAGGAGUACCUUGCUGCCAAGCACGGGGUUCCCAUGUGUACUGAAACACACAUAUAUAUUUGCUCCUUUGACCUCAGAAGCUUAAUAAAGUCCUGAUGGAGCUUUAGGAAAA